CACACACACAUACACACACACACACACACACACACACACACACACACACAUAGGAGAUGGGGCGCAAGAAGAAAAAGGUGACCAAGAAGCCCGAGUACUGGUGCUACUACUGCGAGCGGGAGUUUGACGAGGAGACAGUGCUCAUCCAGCACCAGAAGGCCAAGCACUUCAAAUGCCACAUCUGCAACAAGCGCUUGUACACGGCGCCUGGGAUGGUCAUCCACUGUCACCAGGUGCACAAGGUAGACGUGAAGGAGGUGCCCAACGCUCUGCCAGGGCGCGAGGACCCGGGCAUUGAAAUCUUUGGCAUGGCCGGUAUCCCCGAGGACCUGCUGGACGACAACACGGCAAAGAAGAGCAAGGUGGAGCCUGAGCCUGCAGCGCCUGCUGUACCACCGCCAGGCGGCCCAGCCCCACCGCCAGGGCCUUAUGGAGCACCAGCACCCGGAUACCCAGCGCCACCUCCCGGCCCUUACGGCCCUUAUGGCGGCUACCCAGGCGGCCCCCCGCCACCGCCGGGUGGGCCGCCGGGCUUCCCACCUCCACCCCCGCACCACUUUGGAGGACCCCCACCCCCUCCUUACGGGCACCCCCACCACGGGCCACCGCCACCCGGAAUGCCGCCAUAUGGGGGUCCCCCACGCCCUCCACCGCCAGGCAUGCCGCCACGACCACCACCGCCGGGUGUGCCGCCUUCCGGCCCGCCAGGUGGCCCGCCUUUCCCGCCACCACCGCCACCACCACAAGGGCCGCGCGGUCCGCCCCCAGGUCUUCCCCCACACGCGUACGCUCAGCAACAACAGUACCAGCAUCAACCACACCAACCCGCGCCGUCGUCGGCAACGUCCGCGGCCUACCAGCAGCCACGGCCACAGCAGCCACCUGUUCCUCCUCCACCAGCUUCAUCGGCGCUGGCGCCGCCAACAGCACCCAUGACAAGCAACGCAAGUGCCGGGGCGAGCAACCCAGAAAAGCCGCCACUGUUGCCCGCGCCACCACCAGCGUCUGCGCCCACCACAACACCAAGCACAAGUGCGCCCCCUCCUCCGCCUGUGCCUCCUCCACCGGCGCAGGCAGCAACUGCGCAACCAGCCAACGGCAGUACACAACCCGAACAACAGCAGCAACAGCAGCAGCCACCAGCACCACCGCCCGGCGUUCCUGCUGUUCCUGGCGUACCACCGCCUGGUGUUCCAGGAGUUCCAGGAGUUCCUCCCCCAGGCGUGCCAGCACCAACUAAGACCUCUGGCCCACCAGGCACCGGGCCGUACCUCGUGCACCCAGACCCCAGCUUAUCCCUGGAGGAGUACAGGGCUUCACUGACACGAUACAAACAGGCCGAUGCAGCAUGAACAUUCCAGGAUCGACCAUCUCAUGUCACACAAAAACACACGCUCCCCGCACUCUGCUCAUGGCUGUAUGUGCUGCUCUCUGUGUCCCUUCGUGUCUGUUGUGUCUCCAUCUCCCGCUUUUGCUGUUGCUAUAAACGCGUAAAUGCAAACUAAGGCGUGC